AAUUUAUUAUUUUGUUAGUAAGAAAAAACAGUAAAUAAAUUCAUAUAGUUUUAUAAUCAUUAUUUUGUUAUUGAAUUGUUGUUAAUAAUGUUUUUACAAAAUAGAAUAUGUGUUUUUAUCGUACUUUUUGCUUUGGUUGAAUUGAACGAUUGUCAUUUAAAACUCCUAUCCGGUAUCGCCAAUCAUGUGGCAACCACCUUAGACAGAGUUGAACAAAAAGUGCACCAUAGUAUCGGAAAAUUAAUUGGUAAAAACUGCGAUAAAAAUAGUGCUGAUGUACGACCCCACGGGUUUGAACACAAUCACGAUCGAAACAUUAAUCAAAAUUUUGGAUCGCAUGGAAUUAAAGAAUAUUCACCGGAGGGAAAUUUUGGACAUGGUGAAAUUAAUAAUCAAAAUGGAUAUGAAUCACAAGCGGGCAUUCUUGGUAAUAAUAACCAAGGCUAUGAAUUUCAUAAUAGCGGUGUAAAACCAAGUAAUAAUAUUCGCAGAAAGCCAAUCAAUCUUGAUGAUUUACCGAACCAAAAUAACGAUGUUGGAUAUUCAAGUUCAAAUGAUUAUAUUUUUACAAGAAGACCUAUACGACAAGACGAUACUACUGUAACGGAUCCCACUGUGGGCAAUUCACAAAAUGGUGUGAAAAUAGACGUACGUUUCGGCAACGAAGAAUAAAAAUUAUAUUUACUCAUGAACUUACCUGUAUAUAUUUAUGUUACUAUUAUUAGAUAAAUAAAAUCGAGUGACAAAUUUCUGCAUA